GUUAAAUAAAAUUUUACAAAAAAAGUAACUAUCUAUGUACAAUAUUAUUAAUAUUAAUGAUCUCGCAUGUGUGUAAAUGAAACAGUGAGAGAAGUGGUGUGUUGGCAAUGAUUAGAACGAAAUAGUUCCAUAGCCAAAAUAUAUAUUUUUUGACUUUCCGCGUGUAUUUAAGAAUUUGUUUGGGUAUUUGUUAAGUUUGAACAUUUUUUUAAAUCUCUGGUGAAAUAAAAACGUUAUGUUAACGGUAAAAAAAUAUUACGUGCCGAAACCGUGGUCGCGCAUUAAUAAUGUUAAUAGUCACUUGUUUGUUUUCUCUUUCAGCCGCUUUCAGCAGCUCUUUAAGCAGUCUGCAGACUGUACGCCAUUUUGCAGUGUGUUUUAAUAUAUUACUGACCGUGAAAUAACGUACAGUUUGUGUUUCAGGAUUUUGUGUUAAUAUUGUGUAUUUUAACUUUGUUAUAUUAUUUAUUAUCUACUAUUGUAAUGAUGGAAUUUGUUAUCGUUUUGAUAUUUUGUGUGGUUCUUGUGAUUGCUGUAAUGGUAAUUGGUUCCGGGAUGGGGAAAGCUACUUCGUCGCAGCGUCAGAUGGACAUCAUUAACGUCGCUCAGAACUUAUAUCUUUUAAUUAGGAAAGGCGACUUGAAGAAAUGUGACGUUACGCAGACGACCGCGUUUCUUCUCAACAUCGCAAAGUCAACUGUUCUCAAGUACUACAAGAAAGACAUUGAAGAAGUUUCAACACCAGGAAAAAAGAGGAAAAAAAGGCCACAGGAAGGAAAGUCACUUGACACAGUCGACGAUUUCACAGUAAAUGCAAUCAGGAAUGCAAUUUACAGGAUGUACGCUGAAGGUUUGAAUGUUACAGUCGACACCAUUUUGAAAGAAAUCAGGGAAAGACAAAUAGAUUAUUAUGGUGGAAGAUCAAGUCUUCAUAAAUUGUUAAAGAAGAUGGGAUUUUCAUGGAAAACUGUUGAUGGACGAAAAGCUUUGAUAGAGAAUGAAAACAUAGUAUUGCAGCGAAUAGAUUUCUUGAGAAAGUAUAAAGAAGAAAAAGAAAGAGGUGCCAAUUUCAUAUUUGUUGAUGAAACAUGGAUUUUCCAGAGAGGCAAGGCAUUAAUUUAUUUGAAAAUUUGUUCUGUGGUCCAAUACAAAGUAUUUCAUUUCCAUUUCAUAUAUUUUUCAGGAACUGUAUCAAAGUCAUGGCAGGACAAGAGUCUACAAUCUGCGAAGAGACGUACUGUUGGAGAUGGUAAAAGGUUUAUUGUUGUUAAUGCUGGAGGGCGCACUGGCUUUGUGCCAGGAGCAGGAUUACUUUUUGUUUCAGGUCAGAAGACUGCAGACUACCAUGGCGAGAUGAAUGGGGAAACUUUCUUGAUGUGGUUUGAAGACAUGUUGGUGCAUCUUGAGGAACCCAGUGUCAUCAUAAUGGACAAUGCUUCAUAUCACAGCACCCAGGUUGAGAAAACACCUACAACGAACUGGACCAAGGCUGCACUGAUCGCGUGGCUGGAGAAGAAUGGGAUAAAACAUGAAAAUAAUUUGUUGAAAGUGGAGCUGCUGAGAAUAGCUAAACAAAACAAGCCCCGAAUACGAUAUGAGGUAGACGAGUUGGCUCGUAACUAUGGCCACGAAAUUCUACGACUCCCACCCUAUCACUGCCACUAUAAUGCAAUCGAACUAGUUUGGGCUCAAUGUAAACACCAUUACAAUAGUAACGUGGGGCGGGCCAAGAGAUUUGACAAUGAUGCAGUUGCAGCCAUCUGGAAAGAGGCUCUUGAUGCUUCCACACCAGAGAGAUGGGCGAGGUGUGUGGAUCACGUGGAGAAGCUAAUUCAAGCAGACUGGGAGAGAGAAGUCCACAUAGACAGCGGCACCAUUCCUCCACUCAUCAUCCACCUCGGCGAGGAUAGUUCAAGUGAAGACAGUGACAGCGAAGAAUUUGAGGUUACGACACAGCAAGUAGAUGGAGACAGUGAAGUACUGGCAGUUCCUCUUGAUGAUUUACCCGGGUGUUCUUAUUGAGGUCUGUAUGUAAUAAACACCUGGGCAACUGUAAGUAUUGGGGUUUGAAACAUUUUUUUUUCUUUUAUGCAUUCCCAUGAAGUAUGUUGAUUACUGGAACUUUAUGUAUUAACUUUAGAUUACACGUAUUAUGAAAUGAAUAUUAAAUUUCAUUUCUGGAUUCGUAUAGGUGUAUGUGAAACAUUUUAUUUUGUUGUGUGUCUUCAUUUUUCAGUGAACUUACUUGGAAAACAAAAAGCCAGUCCCCAUCCAGGGCCACAAAUAAAUAAUGCAUAUAAGUGGUAUAGAAAUUACUGUCAAUUCUUCACCACAAUUUUACUGUUCAUAAAAUUAUGAUUUUGUCUAAUAAGUAUACUCAGGAAAAUGUAUACAACCAUAUUUUUAUUUGUGGCCUUAACCGGCAAAAUGGUAGGGGUUUAUUAAAUAAAAGAAGAAAAUUCAUUUUUAAAUGUUUUCAUCUGAAUUUGUUAAUUUUAUUAAACCUUCAAUCCUUAGUCUUUUCCAGAUUGCUUAGAUGGACAGCCAUAUGUAUAAUUUACAAUACUUUUUUUUUCAGAUGCAGAAAACUGUGUUGAACUGUACUAAAUGAUGAUAUUUAUUGCUUACAUAAAUGUUGUAAAUUUAUAUAUUCUCCUAAAAAUUUACUUUAAAUUAUAUGUUAUUUCUUUAGCUAACAAACUUAUUUUUUAAUAUUUUUACCAUUGGGUAUCAUAAAUAAUGUUAUGAACAUAUGCAUGUAUACUUAGAUCAUAUUCAAAUUACUUAUAUAUAUAUAUACAUACAUACAUACACAAACACACACACAUUGUUUUGACAGCUGGUGAUUGUAAACAAACCAUUUGACAUUUGUCACAUGGCAAUGUUUUUGUUUACAUACGGCGGAAGGAUACAUAGUGACAUUAAAGUAGAUCCGGUGAAAAGCAGGGCUUCAGAAAAGUAGGAGGUUACCGUGGAUGGA